CUUGCCACCAGCAUUGCCAGCGUGCAGCUGCCCUGCACUGAUGCAAACUUUCAUGGCCGGACGGAAAUAAAGACGAAAUUGUGGAGAGGACAGUGAAACCUUUUGUUUAACGGAGCAGGAAAAUUCUAAAUUCUUGACACAUGUUGCAUCCUCGGACAACAGGAUGAAAAUGUUCCCAGCAUUGAUUUCGACCAUCUGCUUGACAGGCGGCCUGGCGUUCUUGGGUGAAGGAGUUCCAGGAAAGAGCAGACAAAGAGACUUGGUGACAGGACGGUGCCACACACGGAUAAACCUCUUCAGCAGCAGAUGAUGCAUGACGCUGGGAUCCACCCUGCCUUACACAAGAUUCUCUCAGGAAGUGAAGAUCUUUCCAACACAAAGGACCCUCUGCCAUGGCGCAAACCUGGAAUUCCGAACUAACUCUUCUUUAAUAAGACUUUUGGAUACAAAAUUAAAAAGAAACUUACUCCGUCAUGAGUCUCGGAAAACUUCCAGGGAUUAAAGGCCUCGUGUCUGCAGGCUCUCAGGAGAGACGUCGUUUCAAGAGCGACCUCUCGGUGGACAUGAUCAGCCCGCCGCUGGGCGACUUCCGACACACCAUGCACGUGGGCCGCGGCGGAGACGUGUUUGGUGACACUUCUUUCCUCAGCAACUACGGAGGCGUCAAAGAGCCGGGGAGCCCCGACUCGGCAAACAGCUCCAAGUCUACGGGCUUCUUCACACGUACCUUCAGGCACAUCCGGAAGAAUUCUGGGCCACGGGGGGAACCUCGGAACUCUUCAUCCCCGCCGCCUGACAUCUCACCCAUCAUCAAGAACGCCGUUUCGCUGCCCCAACUCAACAUUGAUCCUCCCAAUGGUCGCCUGCCGAGGCUCCCGAAUUCCAUCAGCGCGACAGAUAGCGCCAUCUGCACAUAUGGUAUUCAAUCUGGAUUUGUCACUCUGCCUCGCUUCUCUCGCCACGACAGACCGUUUCUAGACGGAGAGCACAGAGUGUCUAUGCGAGAACGAAACGGUAAACCCGUGACCCGUUCGGACUCCCUCACCUCCUUCACGUUGGAUCUCGGCCCCUCCCUGAUGUCCGAGGUUCUGGGCUUGUUUGACAACCCCAGCUACCUCCAGGAGGUCAGCAAGGUUGUCGCAGCGGAGGAGGAAGAGAAAAAUGACGAGGAGGAUGAUAGAUCUCUAACAGAGACAUUUGUGAGUUCGAGCAACUCGUCAGUGCGCGGCGGAUCAUCGAGAAGGAACGUGAACAGUAAGGAGAAUUCUUCUAGCAGCAGCUGGACAGAGGAGGACAGGAGAUCAGUUGCGUCAUCCUCCAAAUCUCCUCCAAGGUCUCCCCCCAUAAAAGAAGCUGCCAUGGAGUCAGAGCAAUUCCAGAGGGCAGCUGAUGUGCUGUCUCGACAUUAUGGAGGAGGACCCGUCACAAGGCUGAGUCCUCCUCUCUCCAAAACACCAUAUGCGUUUUCUGAAGAGGAAGAAGAAAUCAAAGUGUAGAUCAGGAUGAGGAAUACCACUCUGUAGUAAUCUUGCUGCCACCAUUUUAUACAAUUUAUUUAAGUUAUUGUAAUAGCACAUCUGGUUUAGAGAUUUAGCUUUCAUAGUCCAACCCAGCGGCGCCUGGAAAGCGGACUUUAAACCGAUGAUGAUGAUGAUGAUGAUGAUGAUAGUGAAAGGAAUGAAAAGGGAUUUACACGAUUCACUUUUUUAGUAGUAAAUGGUUAAAUGUGAGCAAUUUAUUCCCCAGAUGUCUAACCACAUUAUUUGAAUUGUGUUGUCAUUUACUGUUAUAAUGCAAGUAAAAAAGCAAUUUGUUGUUAAUAAAGUUUCUUACGAAA